AAGCGUGGACGCAAAGCGAGCGGACCUGCGAACGUUUAAUUGCAACCUUUACGAAAAGGCGCUCUUCUGGACUUCUGCCUCCUCAAGUGGAUUGCUUUGCUAGAAAAGACUGGAAUAUUUAAAACAAACAAACAAACAAAUAAAUAAAUAACAAUAAGUAAACGUAUACAGCACACAUUAAUCUUACACUUGUUUAUGUGUGUUUGAAUUCAUAUAAUUCGCUUUGCGGCGCGCACGUUCUGUGUCUGUCAGUAUAGAAACACCUGUUUUGGAUUUUCAAGAAGCUCCAUAGUGAUGAUUUGAUGAUUUUUUUCCUGAUCUUUUUUUCAUCCCAAUGCCCGCCUUAAUCGCUGUCAUGGAAUCGUUUGGGUCUUCGGUCACCGAGUCUACCGACAUCGCCACACCGGACGAUCCGUUCUCCGGUCCCCUCAAAUCCGUCGCGCCCUGGAAUUACACUUUCCUCGCCUGUCUGAUGUUCAUAGUGACUUCACUGUCUAUAACAGAGAACUUCACCGUUAUGCUUGUGACGUUUAGGUUCAAACAGUUAAGGAAACCGCUGAAUUACAUUAUUGUUAAUCUAUCUGUCGCUGAUUUUCUAGUUUCGCUGACAGGAGGCACUAUAAGUUUUCUAACUAAUGCACGAGGUUACUUCUUCCUGGGCGUCUGGGCGUGCGUGCUGGAGGGAUUCGCUGUCACUUUUUUCGGGAUUGUGGCUUUGUGGUCUUUAGCAAUCUUGGCAUUUGAGCGUUAUUUUGUGAUCUGUCGUCCUCUGAAAAAUGUUCGGCUGGGAGUCAAGCACGCAGCUAUGGGUCUUGUUUUUGUUUGGACCUUCUCCUUCAUCUGGACAAUCCCACCAGUUUUUGGCUGGAACAGUUAUACAGUCAGUAAAAUUGGUACCACCUGUGAACCCAACUGGUACUCGACUGAUUACUACGACCACACCUACAUCAUCACCUUUUUCGUUACGUGUUUUAUCCUUCCUCUUGGUGUGAUCAUUAUCUCCUAUGGCAAACUUAUGCAGAAACUCAAAAAGGUGUCAAACACCCAUGGAAGGCUGGGCAAUGCGCGUAAGCCUGACCGAGAGGUGGCGAGGAUGGUCAUUGUAAUGAUAGUUGCGUUCAUGGUUGGAUGGACACCAUAUGCCGCGUUCUCAAUUACUGUCACAGCCUGUCCCACAAUUCAUAUUGAUCCUCGCCUGGGCUCAAUACCGGCCUUUUUCUCAAAGACUGCAGCUGUGUACAAUCCCAUCAUCUAUGUCUUCAUGAAUAAGCAGUUCAGGAAAUGUCUGAUCCAGAUGUUUAAAGGAAAUGUCACCAAUUUGGACUCCACCAAUCUGAACCAGACAUCAGACAAAGGGGGCAUCACUGCCACAGCAGAGAGUCACCUUGGAGAGAUGUCUACCAUUGCUGCUCGCGUGCCUAUGUCUGUGUGCAACAUGGAGAAGAGUGAGGAUGAAGAGGAAGAGGCAGAGCAAAGCGGGAAUGGAGGUCCAAAGCAGCUCCCUUUAUCUGAUAGUCGAGUAUGUCCUUUGUAGAGAAAACUAGUCUGUCUGAAUAAAUGUCCACCUUUAAUCUAGCCUGUUGUCUGACUAAAGCAUAGACCAUACAGUCGUAACCUAUAUGCAUAUAUUAGAAUGUAUUGUUUGUGUUUUCACAUGUUCUUUGUUGUUGUUGUUUGUAUUUCUUUAUGUUGUGGCGAUUGUAGUCUUGGCGUACUGUCUACUUGUCGGUAUUGCGAUAUUACCUUACAUAAACACAAAGGAGGCAGGCAAUACAUUUCCAUACAGUCCUCUGAACGAACACUAUAUAUUUUUUAAUCUGACUGCAUUACUGAUUGCACACCAGUAAUGGUGAGGAUGAUUUGUUUGUUUGUUUGUUUUAAUGGAAAUUGAAAUGAAAGAAUAUAAUAUUGCAAUAGCUUUCAGGUCAGUAUACUGACUCCUAUUUUAUAAUCAUUGAUAGUCUACUUAAAAGAUACUGGUUCAAAAACCAAAGAGGAAAGUGAUAGGCUGAAUAGUACAAGCAUGCUGCAGACGCGUCAUUCUUGAACUAAAUCACAGGGUACACAAAGCAGAAAAAAAACGAACAGCCGAACAGCAAAAUUAAUAUUUGCUGUUUUUGAAUAUAUAAAAUAAUUAUUUUGCUUGUGAUGUUUGCCCCUCCUCUGGCUUCUUCUGGUUGGACCACUGUUUAAAAAAAGGAGAUCGAUGAGCUGCUCUGUAUCACAAAAUCUAACCCUGACCAAAGACGGUCAUUCUGGUCCAUGUUUACAUUUUAAUGAGGCACGAGUGUUUAUCAAAUUGUAUUUAUUUAGUAGCCAUGUGCACUUUGGUGUAUGAUUGCUUGUGAGUUUGAAUGAACUGUCUGAAUGUUUAAUUCGGCCAUAACGUUCAGUGUUUGUUCACAAUUUCUGUCCAAACUGAAUAUUGAUAUUGGUGUUUGUCUGUGGCAUGCCAAGUAAUGUUUUACUCAUGUAUUGAUUUCAGUGUCUUGGAGUCAUUUAGAUUUGGUGUCAUAUUUCAAUUAAUAUGAUUUUUCAAAUUUAUUUUUAAAACGUCAAUGUUGUAGAACACUA